GAUAGCUCAAAGAUGGCGUGAUACGGUCGACUUAUAAAAUCCAUGGCUGCUGAAUCACUAACGAAUCUUCGCUUUCGUAGCGUUGCGUGACUAUGGCGGUGACGAAGUUACAGAGUUUUGUGGUAAUGUGCAAUUAUGGCAUAUCGGUAGAAUGAAACCAAGUGCGUAACGUACGGACAACUCAACUCUGUUGCUAGGACUUAGAAAGUUUGUUAGACACAUGUAAGUCGGAAAGUAAUCAUGUGUGACGAUCCUCCAUACACUCCAGUGAGUUGCGGCAGAAACCGCAAGGGGCAGUCUAAGAGAGAAGAUGCUCCUGAUCUGGAGUGUACUACUCCAGAACUUUCUCAAGGAUACAGGAUAUUGCAGGGUAUAAUUGGAAUUAGCAAAUUCUUCCUUGAAGAACCAGACCACAGAGAGAAAGGAAUGCAUGAUUAUUAUGAUGUUAUUUCCAAACCAAUGUGGUUCAGGAAAAUACAGCAGAAGUUUGCCAGUGGGGAGUAUAGCAAUAUAUCUGAGUUUAUAAAGGAUGUUAGGUGUUUGCUGUUAAAUUGCUACACCUACUUUGGCCCACAUGACGUUCACACCAAAAGGGCUCUAAAAGUAGAACAGGUUUUGGAACAAAAAAUUGCCCUACUUCCUGCGGAUUUGCGCGCACAGUGUUCAUUGGAAUCUACGCAUGAUAUUGAGAAUGCAGAGCCAAUGAAAUAUACAGGAGAAGGUAUCCAGUCUGAACUGCUGCAGUCUGUUGCAGGAGAGAGGUCACGUCGUGAGUGUGAACGGAAACAGAAAAUAAUAGAGGAACGCCGUAAAGAAAGAGAAGGGAAGGAACGUGAUUUAUUGUUGUGGGAGCAAGAAGAACUGUUUACUGGCUCAGAUCGUGAGAAAAUGGAAAACAUGUGGGAACUGCCUGUUAUAGGGCAUUUUGUUGCAUUAUCCUUAGAACAACUGAACAUCAAGAGCAUCUCCAUGUAUGAGUUGGAGCGUAUCAUUCUCAUGCCCCAAGCAUCAAAGAGCCUAGCUGUCCUGAUGACAACUCUACUGAGCACUCCACUCUCCAGGAUGAAACUCCACACAAAACCACCCAUGCCAUACAAGAUCUGGACCAGGAAGCUAGAGAUUAAAGUGUCAAGUUGGUACAAGAUCUACAUCAAAUCAAACAAGAAUCCAGAUACUGUGUUCGAGAAGCUUGGUAUUGAACAUCAGUUCUGGAAGAUCGUGGGUGACUGGAAUCCUUUGAAGGAAUAUGAGUUCCAUGAACUCACCUUCCACCAGAGAGUCUCGCUCAUCAAGGCCCUGUGUGAUUACAUUAUGCAAAACCACAAAAGCCUGAAAGAUACCAUAGCAGAAAGACGUGGUGAGUUCGGGAAAUGUCUGGGUGAGGACCGUUCAGGUGCAAAAUUUCUCUACUUCCCACAGUUUUUGGACCACGAUGUCAGAAUCUAUAGACAGACUUUUGAGCCAAAGAGCUGGAUUGAGAGAGAUCUGGACCAUCAAGCAGAGAUUUUGGCAGAGAGUAUAAACAAAGCUUCCUCAAAGUCUGGAAAGUCUGGCAGCGAUAUGAAUAAGAAGCAUAGAAGAAGAGUGGCGUGGAAACGAGGUAAAAUAAUUAAGCAGCACAAACACCCUCGUCCUGGGCGCCCCAAAAGAUCAUUGAAAAGUUCAUGUGAAUCUCCAGAAACCAGUGUGAUUUCAUUAACAUCAAAAUCAGAUCAUACAGAUGAAAAGUCAGUUCCUGGCUCAGCAAUGCUUGGGGAUGAAACUUGCUUAAAUGAACGUGAUUCAAAACUGUUAGAUGAUGUGAUCUCAAGUCCACAUGCCAGACAUUCUCCAGAAAGGAUUAGUGAACAUUCCAAUGGUGCUUUCUCUCACAUUACUACAAAUUGUGAAACUGGUGAAAUAGAAACUUCAGCAUUUCAGAGCCUGAAUUCAGAAUUGAAAGUCAACAGUUGUAAAAGUGAAAGCAAGGAAGUGGAAUUAAAUUCUAGUCAAAUUGUUAUAUCUGAAAACCUUAAUACAUCUCCAAUUGAAUCUCAGUUUAAAAAGUGUUCUGGUGAAUCAUCAUUGUGUUCUCAUCUAAAAUCCAAGGAAGCGUGUGAUAUCAAUGGUGACAUGAAGGUAGACCCUCUGAUUCUUAGGAUUAAAAAUGAUUCUACAGUGAAGGAAUCUGAGUGGACUGUGGAAAAGGUGUCUUCGUCUCAGACUGAAAAUGUGGAUCAGAAGAGAGAUAAUGUUAUAAACAUAAAUAAGAUAAGAAGACCUAUGUAUAAUCCAUAUUGGCUGGAGCCUAAUCCAGACGAUUUCAAAUUAGUAGCAGACUCAGUGGAAGGUGUGAGGCAACUUCUAAUGAAGUACUGUGAAGAUGAUUUGGUGUUAAUUGAGCAAUUGGAUAAAAAGUCUCGAAAACGAUGUCAUCCGUCAUGUGAAGUGAAGCUGGCUCAUCGGUUGGUGUCACUUAUGAAUGAUCUGGAAUCAAUGGAACUGAAAAUUCUUACCAGUACCAAAGGUGCUAGGGAAAGGCUAUAUAAUGAAUGGCAAGACUUCAGAAAUAGAUCUGCUGACUACAUUGAUCCAGAUGAGGCAUUCUGGCUAAAUGAAAAGGAACCUGUUGAGGUCCCUGAGUGUUAUACUCCUCAAACACAAGCCUCUCAAAACUCAGAUACAUUAGAAGACACAGAAUUACCUGAGACCCAAGUAACAGAUCCUGAUGGUACAUCUGAAGGUCAUAUACUGACACCUGUAAGUGGCAUGAAGUUGCGUCACCGUGUGAUCAUCAGAGAGAAAUAUGAUGAUCUGGUGACAUCAGAUGAAUCUAGUGAAGAUGAUUCUGAUGACAGUGACAACUGGGUAAUGCCUAAGAGCCGGAAGAGCAGAUCUAUAAAACGGAAGAAAAUGAAUGUUGUAGCUCCCAAUUCUUUGAAGAAACAGCAUACUUCAGAAGAGCAUUUGCAACAGCCACCACCUAAGCAUGAAGAAUCGUCACGAAAAAUGGUUGCAAACUCCAUGCCAGACAUUGAGAUUUUAGAUGAUGUUUCAAAACCAAUAACAGAGAAACAUCCUACAAUGUCAGCCUCUGCACUUCGGGUAAAGAAGCGCCUCUUUUUCCAGAAUGAAGCUUCUAACAGUGAAGCUAAUCGCCAACUUGAAUGGGAGAAGAAUCGUCAGAAGCUUGUAAACUUAGCUGCCAACAAAGCAGCAGCUGAACAGUCUACUGUGGCCACAUCAGCUACAGUUAUUGUUGAUAAUAUGAACAAAAUAAUUCUUGAUGGUAGUGGCAAAAUUACCGUUUCAGGGACAAAUAACAAGGCUUUGCUUACAUUACAAGGUCGUAAAAUAGGCGAUGUUAUCAAAGAAGGAAAGUUUGUUAAGAAACAAGGCUUAAUUACUGGUGUGAUUGGCAUAGAAAUGGAGAAUGGUCAGUCUCAUAUAUCAGGAGUAAAAAAUACAGAAGCCCUUGAUGGGAAUAUUCAAGCCGGAAGAUAUUCAUCGAAGAACUCUGUGAAUGUAUCUAAAGGAUACAAGCAGGAAGCAGUCUCUCCAGCAGCGCAGAGUAGGAGUUGUGUGAAUAAGAUUGUUGAUGCUGUCAGUACACCAAACAUAAAAGGAAAUGAGAAGCAAGCUAUUGAGACUACAAUCACUACAGCUAAUUCUGCAAAAAGUUCAACAUCAAAUGUGGUGUUACAGAAUUCAGUUCAGACCUUCAGAGCGAUUUCAGCCUCAGUUGAACAAUCAUCACCACCUGGUGCAACUCAGAAAAAGAAGAAUAUGAUGCUAAUAAAACCAGUAACACAGGUAAAAUCUGAGGUAGUUUGUAUCAGUGAUGACAGUGAUAACAGUGAUGUAGAAUUUGUUGGCACAGUCUAUAAUCCAAAGUUGGACUACUCGCAUAAUAAAAAGAACAAGGCUAUACCCACACAUCAGCACUCCACAAUAAGGACACAAACUGACCCAACCUCACAACAGAAACAUAUUGCUUCAAAAUCUGUUUCUCAUGUACAAGGAGAGUCAUCCACAACUAGAAUAAAACAAGAAACUUCAACUUGCUCCACAAUAAAUACACAAGAUAACUCUACCUCACAACAGACACAUAUUGUUCCAAAAACUGCUUUUCAUGUGUCAGGAGAAACAUCCGUAUCUGAGGUGAAACCAGUAAUGCCAGCUUGCAGUCGCACCAAACAUGAUCUCUCCACGAUAAGGACACAAGGUAACUCAGUCUUACAGCAGACCCAUAUUGCACCAAAAACUAACCCCCAUAUGCAAGGAGAGAUGUCCACAGCUGGAAUGAGACCUGUAACUUCUACUUCCAAUAAUGUUGCCAUUCUUCCAAAUCAUUUCCAAACUCUGGUUGCAAAUACCCACACCUUAACUACACAGUUUGUCCCUAACACAACAUUGAUACAGGAUAAAAUUGAACAGCAAUCUCCAGGAAGAUGUGUUAAACUAGAAAUGGAUAUUGCUUCACAAAACCAAGAUAAUAUGAGUGACACAAUGCAGAAACCGGUGAUAGUACAACCAGGUGGCAGCAUCAAAAGUUUGAGAAACUUGCAGUCAGACUCAGUCCAGUAUGUUCAGAACCAAAGUCUAGGACCAUGUACAGUUGACACAGUUGUAUCAGCACUCUCUCCUUCCAGCACAAAGAGUAAUCUAAAUAUACAUUUAGAUAAUUCAGUGGCUGCUUCAGGUACUGUUACACAUGCACAGAAAUUUAAUUCUAUUAGUAAUAUUGCAGUUGGUAACUUAGGAAUUAAUUUGGAAAGCCAGCUUGUUCCCACUUAUAUACCUGCAAGUCAGUCACCUUCCCAUAUAAAUCCUUAUGUUGCAACAGCAAGAGCAAGUCCUGGUACUUCACUGAUCCAAGUGAAGACAUCUAGCGUUUUAUCAGAGCAGACAAAGAGACCUGCUGAUUCAUUCACACAAGUCGUUAGUCCUGGAGCUCCAGUAGCCAAAACAAAGAGCCCUGCCUCCAAACCAAGUUCAUUUUCCAAGAUACCAGGCACUUCAUUAGCCCCAACAAGGAUUAUUGCUCCUCCAGUAGACCAGGCAAAAAGUCCUAGUAUGUCAUGUGAGAAAAUAAGGUGUCCUGUCACUCCAGUGUACCUAGGACCAAAUUCUCCUUCUCAAGUAACCCAGGCAGGUAGUCAUUCUCAGCCAGUUGAGAUAAGGAGUCCUAGUUCAUCACUGGUUAAGACAAGGAAUCCUGACUUUUCAUCAACUCUGACAAGGAGUCCUCAUACUCCUGUAGCCCAUACAAGGUAUCUGGACUCUUCAUUGGCAAUUACUAGAGGUUCAGGCAUUUCUCUAGACGAGGCAAGGGUUCCUGGGACUCCAACAGCGAAGAGAAGGAUUCCAGGAACUCCAGUAAUGCAUACAAGGAGUCCUGUCCCUUCAGUAACACCGACCAGGAGCCCUGCCAUUCAUGUAGCACAUACUAGGAUUCCUGGCACUCCAGUAGCCAAGACAAGGAGUCCUUCCACUCCAGUCACUCAAACGAGAAGUCCUGGUAACAUUCAUUUUGCACAAACAGCCAGCCCAGGUGCCUCAUUGGUCCAGGCAAGGAGUUCUAGCUCUCCAUUAUUUCAGGAUCAGCUUCAUGGUGUUCAUAUAAGUCCUACUGGUGCUAGUGUCUCACAUGGUAGGGAAAAUCGAAAUAGCGGACCAGAAAGAGCUUCCAGUGAUGUGCAGCAGCGGUUGGAUCAAACAGCUGCUAGACUUGUAGUUAUACCUGGUGAUGAGAAUGUAAGUAAAUAUGCGAUAGUCUUUCCCAGUGGGGCCAAAGUGAUUUUAACACCUAAACAAGUGGCUGACAUUCGUGCUGCUAAUGGUGGGCUUUUGACAACACACAUAUAAGUGAAGUUAUAUAGUCACACAUAACUUGUUGAUCCUUCAGGCCUGUACAUUUUUCAAGUGUAAAAGCUUUACAGGAGAAAAAACAUGCAUAUUUUGUUUAGGACUGGGACCAUGAAAAUUGAACAUGAACAGUAUAGAAAUAUUCUGCCUUGCUGUACUGUGUUUGAGGGAUAUAUAGAAAGUUAUUUCACUCAGACAGAACCUUAAUAAAUUUUAUUUACUGUUCACUAUUAUACUCACUGGGGUACACUGACUUGUUUUCAAUUUAUUGGCAUAUAUGAAGAAACCGUUCCAGUGUCUUCUGAACUAGAUCUGAUGAGUGUGGAGGAUGAACUAUGGCAGGCCUACAAGGCCCAAAAUGUUUUUACUUUUAAAUGAAUGGUCAUUAUGUAGGCACAUUUCUCAUGAUGAAGUGUCCACCUACAUGCAGCGAAACAAACUGCCAUGUGCUUCUCAUGCUCUUAACAAUUAGUUAUUUUGUAUUAAUUCAUUAAUUUUAUUUACAAGGUGGUUCAGAUAUGACUGGUGCUGAUUUUUUUUUAAACCAAAAUUGCCAAACACUUACUUCAACGUACUCCCUUCUGGAGUCAACACAUUUUUU